ACCGGUCCAUAGCGGCUCCACGUCUCGAGCUUCGCGUCCCGCGGUGUACCGAAACGCACGCGAUCGCACCGCCGAUCCUGCCGAUCCCGUCCUCCGUGGGCUGUCAUUUCACACCCAGCCACCGACAUCCUCCGAAAUUAGAACAGAUCCGAAGUGAAAACCGUCCAAGGUAGAGUGAGGUGGAGAGAAAGAGAGAAGGGGGGGAGAGAGAGAACGAGAGAGAAACUGUGUGUGUUUUCCGAACUAAUGGAAACUGCGGACCCGACGAGCCGAUCCUGAAAUAUGACGGGACGAGGUGAUCCUCGGAGGUGUGGUGCUUCGGGGGUGAGUUGUGGGCUGCCGAACGGACCGAGGAUCUCCCCGAUUCCGCGAUAAUUACGCGCUCUCCAGACUACGGGCUUCGGUCCAGCCUCGCACUCUCUCUGCUUUUUUCCUCCCUCGCGACGAUCCCGGAGGAAGGAUGAGGACGAGGCGGAGGAGCGUCUCGCGAGGACACGCCGGUCGAUGUGGCUUCGAGCUGGCGAUCGAACGUCGGGCUGCGCGUUGAUCCUGCCGCGGAGAUCCCGGGGGCACGUCGGGAGGGUAGACCGUGGGAUUUUCCACCUGGGGAACCGACGUCCACGGAGGCGGUGGUCCCGGAAGCGGAUCUUGCGGUCGUGUUCGAUCCCUCCGCCGGGGGGCUCGAACACGCAUGGUGAUCUCGCAUGGUGAUCUCGUCGCGGCCUCGGCAGGGGUCGCGCACGGAGGGGGACUAAUCGGCCGACGCGCCGCGCUGAUCUUCGCGCUAAUUGAACAACGAUACGCGGCCGGCGCUUACGUGGGGAGUGACCGCGAGACGUCGGCGAGCUGGCGAAGUCGGAUUGCGCCCUCGAGGGUGGAUCAAGCGCGGCAUGACGAGGAACGUGCCGUCGGAUACGCGGUGGGCAUCAUAUCGAGCGCCGCCGAAGUUGACCAAGUGAAGGGGGAAAAAAGAAGAAUAUCGCGGGAUCGCUGAGAGGAAGCGUCGUCUCUCUCUCUCUCUCUCUCUCUCUCUCUGUUCCUCUCCGACGCGGUGAGGGAGAUAUGUUUAUCGAGGGUGACGCGCGCGAGGCGUGAGAAGGCGUGCGAUUCUUUUCGCGUGUGCUCGUGUCGAAGGAGAAUAGAGUGUGAUAGACGGGGGGAGGGGAGACACGGAGGGGGAGAGGAUGUUAUGGUGGUCCGCUGAGUCGACGAUGUCCGUUGGGCAUGACUGCCAGCGGAGGACGCGGCUGUCCAUGAAGACGAGCCUUCGUGCGCGUCGCGAAGAGAUCGCGAAUGACAUUUUGCAGGAGUGAUGGCUAUUUCGGGCCGGACACGCGGGUGUACUGCGCUCACAAGACGUUCCCUGCGAAUGCUUUAUCGCUGCUGCUGCAGAUUCGAAUGUGCGGAACUCGCAGAGGCGCAUGCAAACGCCGGGAAGAGAAGGGGCAGCGAGACGUGAAGCUUCCUCAUUCGCACGGCUCUCGUCGCGGGCAUAACUGAGAACGUUCCUAUUGCGCUCGAUGCACGUUACAUUAAGCUCAAGGUGAUAUGGAAGCAGAAGACGAAGUGGAUGAUGAGUUGUCGGAGGCCGCCGACACGGAAGCGAAUCACAACAACAACAUCGAGAGCUUCGAGACGAUGAAGAUCUCGACGAAGCCGGUGUCCUCGCGGACCCCGGAGAAGGACGAGUGUCCCCUGGUGCGCUCGUCCAAUCCCGAGGAGUCGCUACACGCGGCCGAUCCCGCCGGUCCCGAAACACUGCAAACGUCCGCGCGAACAGAAUCAAAACUAGUACCCCUAAGUACAAGUACAAAGACUGACGUGAAGGAGGGCGAGAUCGGCAGGUUAUGCAGGAGCAAGAAGGUCAGCUACCAGGACACCAUACAUGAAUACGACGAGGACGACAGCCUCACCAUGGACAGGGUCGGCAGAUACCUGGAGACGCACCCCGCUCUGGUGGAGACGUGGCUGCGGGAGAAAGCGAGCCUCCAGCUUCGACAUCGAUUGCAGAGCACGUGUAUACAGCAGCGGCAGAGAGCGCACCAAGAGGAGAGUCUUCUCGGACGCGGCAAACGCAACAGCGUCACGUCCGAUCUCUUUCAAACCUGGCUGGCCUCGAGCUCGCCCGCCAAGCGCAGCAAGAGUCCCAACAGGACUCACAGCUCGUUGAUGGGUCGGCGCGAAGAGCUCGGCAGGCUGGACGAGAGCGACCUGUUCAUGGAGCUGAUCCGGGACGUGGCGAACGAGCUCGAUAUCAACGUGCUCUGCCACAAGAUCCUGGUGAACGUCGGCCUACUCACUCACGCCGAUCGCGGCAGCCUGUUCCUGGCGAAGGGACCCCUGGAUGACCGGUACCUGGUGGCGAAGCUGUUCGACGUCACGCAGGACACCGAACUCGAGGAGGCCGUACAACGGGCUAAGAACGAGGAGAUUAAGAUACCGUUCGGGGUCGGUAUCGCCGGCUACGUGGCGCAGACUAAGGAAAUUAUCAACAUCAAGGACGCUUACAAGGAUCCGAGGUUCAACAGCGCCAUCGACAUGCGGACCGGCUACAAGACGACGUUGAUCCUAUCGAUGCCUAUCUGCAACUACGAAGGCGACGUCAUCGGGGUCGCCCAGAUCAUCAACAAGACGAACGGCAGCAACGAAUUCACCAAGAGGGAUGUCGAGGUGUUUCAAAGAUACCUCACCUUUUGCGGCAUCGGGAUACAGAACGCACAAUUGUUCGAGCUCUCGGUGCAGGAGUACAGGCGCAAUCAGAUACUCCUCAACCUGGCGAGGAACAUAUUCGAGGAGCAGAACAAUCUCGAAUGCCUCGUCACGAAGAUCAUGACCGAGGCGAAGGAGUUGCUCAAGUGCGAGAGAUGCGCCGUUUAUCUGCUGGAUUUGGACUGCGGCGAGGCAGGCCAUCUCGAGAAAAUCGUCGAGCGGCCCGGGAAAUCGGUGCAAGAGAGCAGAAAGCCGUUGUCGAGGCGAGAGAGCAACAACAUCGACAUGGAGGACAUUAUACAGCAGCAUACCUCCUCCGAGGGCAACAAAUUCACCAUGAUCUUCGAGAUGGAGAACGAGACGCAAGAAGCCCGAAUUUAUCGGCCGAACGCGAGCGACCUGUCGAGCUCGUUGGGACAGAUCGCGAGAUACGUCGCCGCGACGGGCCAGAUCCUCAACAUCGGCGACGUCGCCACAUGGCUGAAGAAGGACGUGAUGGAGAGAGGGAGGGAACCGAUCCGGAGUAUUCUGUGCAUGCCGAUCGUCAACGGGCAGAGGAUCGUGAUCGGGGUCGCUCAGUUAAUCAACAAGGACAACGGCACGUCGUUCACCGAUUCGGACGUCUCGAUAUUCGAAGCGUUCGCCAUCUUCUGCGGCCUCGGCAUCCACAACACGCAGAUGUACGAGUCCGCCUGCAAGCUGAUGGCGAAGCAGAAGGUGGCUCUCGAGUGUCUCAGCUAUCACGCGACCGCCAACAACGACGACACCCUGAGACUGACCUCCGAUUCUAUACCGUCCGCGGAGAAGUUCAAUCUCUACAGUUUCACGUUUAUCGACUUCGAUCUCACCGACGACGACACAUGCCGUGCCACCAUCAGGAUGUUCAAACAGUGCGACCUCAUACAGAAGUUUCAUAUACCGUACGACGUCCUGUGCCGGUGGAUUCUCAGUGUGAAGAAGAACUACAGGCCAGUGAAAUACCACAACUGGAGGCACGCACUGAACGUCGCGCAAACGAUGUUCGCGAUGCUGAAAACCGGAAAAAUGGAGCAAUUCAUGACCGACCUGGAGAUCCUGGGACUGCUGGUGGCGUGUCUCUGUCACGAUCUGGACCAUCGCGGCACCAACAAUGCCUUUCAGACGAAAACGGAGUCACCACUGGCGAUCCUCUACUCAACGAGCACAAUGGAGCACCAUCACUUCGACCAAUGCGUCAUGAUCCUGAAUUCCGACAGCAAUAACAUCUUCCAGAGCCUCUCGAUGGAGGAUUACAGGCGGGUGAUGAGGGUCGUGGAGAGUGCGAUUCUGUCGACCGAUCUGGCGAUGUACUUCAAGAAGAGGAAUCGCUUCAUGGAGGUGAUCGACGAAGGCGAGUUCGACUGGCAGAGCGAAGAGAAGAAGGAAUUGUUAUGCGGCAUGAUGAUGACGGCCUGCGAUGUGAGCGCCAUAGCGAAGCCUUGGGAGGUGCAACAUCGCGUGGCGAAGCUGGUGGCCGACGAGUUCUUCGACCAGGGUGACCUGGAGCGCCUCCAGCUGAACCAACAGCCGGUGGCGAUGAUGGACCGCGAGAGGCGAGACGAGCUGCCGCAGAUGCAAGUCGGCUUCAUCGACGUGAUCUGCCUGCCGCUCUACAAGGUCAUGGCGGAGACCUUCCCGUGGAUAUUGCCGCUCUACGAGGGCACGAUGGACAACAGGAAGCAUUGGCAGGAUCUCGCGGAGAAGGUCGAGAUGGGGCUCACGUGGAUCGACCGCGACACGAUCGAGGAGCCGGUGGAAGAGUUCGUCUCCUACGAGCCCAAGGACAUCGAGUUCACCGUCACGACUCUGAACUGCGCCCAUGCCGACAAGAAGGAGGUGCCGGACAAGUCGACGCUCGGCAGGUUCGCCUCGUUGAGGAAAGGCGGCCGCACGUUGAGCAAGGGUGUCCGGCAUCGGAUCAGCAGGUCCCUCUACACCCGCAGCAGUUCCGAGGACGCCGGCAAGUCGAAGACGUUGCUGCCGGAGCGGAAGAAUCGGAACAAGCUGUGCCUGCUCAUUUGACGGCUAACCUCGACAACGCUCGAGAGCAUACCAGAGUGAUGGCUACAUUAACGUGGCGAGAUUUGGAAACGAGUAUUUAGUGGCGCACGUCGCAGCUUCCAGGUCGUGGAGGACGGGGAGCCUUUAACGUUAGAAUCGCCUGGCAAGUUUCGACGGGUAAAACUACCGCAGCUGUCAUUGAGCGCAGAGAGCUUUAGGGUGAACCUAGAAAGUCGCUCUAACGACAGGUAGCAGACGCGGCAGCUGGUGGUGAAGGCGUGAAUCGCCGGACGGAGGAGAAUCGCUGUCUACUUGGUUAUCACGCGAACCGGAGGAGCACUGUCGAAGGAUACCGCAGUUAUUCCAGAUAGAUCGUUCGAAGAGAGCUGUUCGAAGUUACUUUUAUAGAAGCGGAGUACUUACGGGAAAUGAAUCCUUAUCAAGAACUCUCUGGGAAGAGAGAGUGAGAGAGAGAGGGGGGGAAGCGAAAAGAGCGAGUGAUGAUCGGAGGAAUGAUCAUACCACGACUAUCUCGCAGUUCAGAGUAAUCAUUCGACAAGAUUUCAAAUCGGUCGAGGUGGAAGAAAGGAAGGACGAAGAGAACGGAAAUGAGCGAGGAUGAAUUUCGCAACUCGUGAGAAGCAAAUGUUCGAGACGAGUUUAAUUGGAUCUUGAAAGAUUGACAAUAUCGGCGAAGAAACGCUUCGAAGAAGCAGGUGGUGAGCGAGAAGACAAUACCGAAGCAGAUCGAGAAAUGAGCGGGAGAAAUUCCGAUCGAAUUACCGAGAGAAUUACCCCCGGCUGAGAAUCGUAGAAGCAGAAACGAGUCAAUAUUUGAGUAACAACCACCUCCGGGGAUCGUUCCUGGAGGGAAAGAUCGUGCUCGAAGAGGAUGAUCUUAUCGAUCCCGACGUGCAUAUUCUCCACGGUACCAUUGUCAGAAGUAGGAAAUCGUCGAAUCAAAAUAACGAAUUAAUAAAACGCUAAUGGCGAGAGCCUUCGCGGUGUGAGGACGUAGAAUAGAACCGAGCGUGUAUCCCGUGUAAAAGGAAGGAGGGCGGGGACGAAGAGGGGGAGGAGAAAGAAGAAGGAAAAAGGUGAUCUCGCAUCGGGUCCCGAAAAGACUGUCGCCCGUAGAUUUUAAGGC